GUGUCUCAUGAAGAACGACCAGUGGCUUCAGAAAUUCGACCAGUGGUUCGUGAAAUUCGACCAGUGGCUCAUGAAGAGCGACCAGUGGCUCCAGAAAUUCGACCAGUGGUUCAUGAAAUUCGACAAGUGUCUCAUGAAGAGCGACCAGUGGCUCCAGAAAUUCGACCAGCGGUUCAUGAAUUUCGACCAGUGUCUCAUGAAGAGCGACCACUGGCUCCAGAAAUUCGACCAGUGGUUCAUGAAAUUCGACCAGUGUCUCAUGAAGUACGACCAGUGGCUCCAGAAAUUCGACCAGUGGUUCAUGAAAUUCGACCAGUGGCUCAUGAAGAACGACCAGUGGCUCCAGAAAUUCGACCAGUGGUUCAUGAAAUUCAACCAGUGUCUCAUGAAGAACGACCAGCGGCUCCAGAAAUUCGACAAGCGGUUCAUGAAUUUCGACCAGUGUCUCAUGAAGAACGACCACUGGCUCCAGAAAUUCGACCAGUGGUUCAUGAAAUUCGACCAGUGUCUCAUGAAGUACGACCAGUGGCUCCAGAAAUUCGACCAGCGUCUCACGAAGUACGACCAGUGGCUCCAGAAAUUCGACCAGUGGUUCAUGAAAUUCGACCAGUGGCUCAUGAAGAACGACCAGUGGCUCCAGAAAUUCGGCCAGCGGUUCGUGAAAUUCGACCAGUGUUUCAUGAAGAACGACCAGUGGCUCAUGAAAUUCGACCAGUGGUUCAUGAAAUUCGACCAGUUACCCAUGAAGAACAACCAGUGGCUCCAGAAAUUCAACCAGUGGCUCAUGAAAUCAAAUCAGUAGCUCACGAAGAACGACCAGUGGCUCCAGAAAUUCAACCAGUGGCUCAUGAAAUUCAACCAGUGGUUCAUGAAAUUCGACCAGUGGCUCAUGAGGAGCGAACAGUGGCUCAUGAAAUUCGCCCAGUGGCUCAUG